AUGGCUACCCCAGAACUAGUUCAGGGCAGUGUGAAAUCCGGUGCGGCAGGGAUCACAAAACAGGCGAGUGUUCCGAGUUGUGCGUACGUGACGUUCCUGGCAGGGAACGGUGAUUACGUGAAAGGUGUGGUGGGUUUGGCAAAAGGGUUGAGGAAGGUGAAGAGUGCGUACCCAUUGGUGGUCGCUGUUCUACCUGAUGUACCAGAAGAGCACCGUAGGAUAUUGGAGUCUCAAGGGUGCAUUCUUCGUGAGAUCGAACCUCUUUAUCCACCUGAGAACCACACACAGUUUGCCAUGGCCUACUACGUCAUCAACUACUCCAAACUACGUAUUUGGGAGGUAUGUUGUUAA